AUGUCUUCCACCAAGCAGUCUUCUGAUUUGGAUGGCCAUCAAUGCACCACCAGCACCAAAAUCAAUGCGACAGAUGUGGAUAAGUCCUACUUCUACAGUCUGCCAUUCCUGGGGACCUACCUUGCCCUAUGCUUUAACCUCAGCGCCUGCACUGGUGGAUUUGCUCUAAUCGCGCCUGUCUUGUCAUAUGUCAAUGCAGACAUCGGACCCGACCCUUCCAUCAUUUGGGUAGCCUUGGUCUACUCUGUAGGUCAAGGCAUUGGUUUAGCACUGAUUGGACGUCUAAGCGAUCUCUUCGGCCGACGAUACUUUCUGAUUUUCGCCAGCGCUCUGGGUCUGAUAGGAUGCAUUGUCUGCGCGACAGCCAAGUCAGUCCCAAUUCUGAUUGGUGGUCAAGCUCUCGUCGGACUCUCAGCAGCAGGAGGCUCUUCCUAUACUUCCGUCCUUAGCGAGAUGGUCCCUGUCAAGCAUCGCUUCCCAGCACAAUCCUUUAUCUACUUAUGGCAGCUUCCCACGGCUGGCUUCGGACCAGCUCUAGCAUAUAUCUUCAUCCUCAACACCAAGGCUGGGUGGCGCUGGUGCUACUAUUACAAUAUCAUCUGGAACGCACUUACCUUGAUUCUUUUUAUCGCGUUCUACUUUCCUCCGACCUUCGAGGAAAAGCAUGGCAGACAGGAUAUCUGGAGGUGGUUGAAAGACUACGACUAUUUCGGUACAUUUCUCUUUGUUGCGGGAGAAGUCCUCUUCCUCCUCGGUCUGUCCUGGGGUGGAAGUGUUUACCCGUGGCGUUCGUCAUAUGUGGUUUCGACAAUAGUCGUGGGUGGGAUCACAUUGAUUGUCUUCGCAUGGUACGAAACUAAGAUGGACCUCAAGGAGCCAUUUGUACCUAAAGGUUUAUUCAGACGCCGGUCUUGGGUGGCGGUGGUGAUCCUGAUAGGAGUCUGUGGCGGUGUUUAUUACGCCUUUGCGCUCGUUUGGCCGAGAAUGGUCACCGCGCUGUACAGUGACCCUGACGACCUGAUGGAGGUGGGCUAUCAGGCAUGCAUCGUGCUCUCGGAAUUACUGCUGGUCAGAUUGUUGGAUGUGGACUGUCACGUCCGCUUGGACGAACGAGAAUUCAAAAUAUCUGCACCAUUGCUGCUGGUGCGAUCUGUCUAUCAUUAUACCAAGGCAAGAGCUACGGCUCUGCUAUUCCUCGGCACUUUCUUCAUUGGCUGGGCGGAUGGAGUGGCGCAGAUCGUCUGCGGCAUCGAUAUCGACGAUCAGAAAGACAUUGGCGUUGCGUGCGGAAUGAUGGGAACGAUUCGAGCUUCCUUUGGUGCGGCAUGUGCUGCAAUCUAUUCGACAAUUCUCACUAAUGAGCUCACUUCCAAAGUACCUGCCGAAGUCGUUCCGGCAAUUCUUGGAGCUGGACUUCCUGAACAAAGUGUGCCUGAGGUCUUGCAAGCCUUCGUAACCGGCAAUACCACAAUGCUGGACUCCGCCGAGGGUGUUACAACCACGAUUAUCGAAAUUGGUUCAUCGGCUUUGAAGCAGGCUUCCGCAGACUCCUAUCGGACGGUGUUUUACUCCUCCAUGCUUUCAGCGUCUUGGCCUUCAUCUGCGCCUUCUUCACAGCCAACGUCGACAAAGAGCUGA